AUGCCACACGUCGAAGUGCUCCCGAACUCGGCCGCGGCGGUCGCUCCCGGAUGGACCUACGUAGUCGACACGGGAUAUGAUCCCUCCAAAGUCGCCAUCAACCCAAAGAACAAAAAGCGCGUCGCAGCGCAACCCGGAGGUCAGCGCGGCGAGAAUGAGCUUUCAGCGCGACAGCAGACGGCUGUCGCGCGGCGCAUAGCUGAGCUGGAGAGAGACAACGAUCCCAAGCAAAGCAUACCUAUACCCGGCAAACCAGCUCUACCAAAGACGCAGAAUGCGCGGAGAAUUAUACAGUACCAACGACAGAUCAAGCAUUGGCUCGACGACGAAGAAGCCCAGCUCCAGCAAGCACCUCCGCCACGUACGGUUGCGGCUUCCUCGCGAAGCGGUCGAAGACAGAGCACCAGGACGUCCGUACCUCCGACGCCUCCAGAAACCACACCAGGGCCUACACCCUCAGGCGUAGCGGCCAGUCGACCAAUGACACAGCCUUCGUACGGCGAUGACGCUCUCCUCUCUAUCGAGAGCUCUAUGCCGCCACCGCUCAAUCCUGCAGAACUCGAGGCUCUUCUCCUCGCUCCGCCGCUCUCAUACGCUGCCUCACACGCUGCUCCGCCGCCCGCAGGUGGUCCGCCGCAGCGACAGUUUUGCGACAACUGUGGAUACUGGGGCACGAUCAAGUGCCGAAAAUGCGGAGCCAGAGUUUGCGGUUUGGAGUGCAAAGACGCACACGAGGCUACUCGAUGCUUGAAAUGGGCGUAA